AUGGUUGGAUUCAGUCUGGUCCGCUAUGAUGCGGAGUCGUCCUUUUCGAAUAGGGUGAAUGCGGAGUGGCUGGCAACGGUGCCGGUGGCCCACGAACACGCACUCGCCUCGCUGGCGAUGGAUCUCAACGGCGACCUGAGAAGCGGCGGCGGCAGCAGCAGCGGCAGCAGCAGCGCCGUGUCGGGAGCGCUUCGGUGGCACAUUGCAACCUGCAGUGAACGUGCGACCAUUAUCCGUGUUUGGCGCUACUGCGAAAGGGGCGCGGCAUCCCCCACUGUGGCGGAUCCGGCCGCGUCCGCCCCGUCGCCCUCUGCCGAGGCGGAGUCCAAGAGCGGCAUGGAUGAUUCUGGUGACGGCAGGAAACUUCCCGGCUAUUUUGUGAAAAUUCGGGAAGUCCGGAAUGCGUCGCUGCCAACGCCCAUCUUUCAAAUGCGUUUUCUUGGGGAGGCCUUCCUCUUCUGCAUAGCGUGGAACACCCUGAAGGUUUUCUUUGUGGGCGAGCAGGAGCAACCCCGGCCGUACGACGUUAGCACGAAGGACCCAAGCAAGGUCGGUCGGGCGAAAAACUCCCACUCGACGCUGCACCGCCUCGGCUUGGUUUCCGCGUACUUCAACUCCGAGUGGGCCGCCUGCGAGUCUCCACUGCCGCUGGCGGACGACGCCUUCCUCCCCAGGUGGGUGGAAACGACAUCGGGGGAGCUGCGGCAGCAUCUGCUGCGUGGCACCGGCUCCAGCUGCCGUGUCGCAGACGGCGACGCCGCGGGGCCCCGCGGCCGUGCCGAGCUGGAGAGCUCCGCCUCUCACUCCUCGCUCAACGGCACACGGCGCUCUCAACUGACGCCGAAAAUCGCCCCGGCGCGUGCAGCCCCGUCGCUGAGCAAGUCGCAGGAGUAUAGUGGCAUAUUACGCCGGUACGUCUCACAGGUGGCACCGAUCGUCGGGGGUGCGGGUCGGGCUGCACGGCUGUACUGGGGAUAUACUGGCGAGAGCAAUGAGGGGGCGGCGAGUCGCGUGAACGAGGUGAGCCGUGCUUCUUCACAAAGGCGCGACUACGCCACGAUGACCGAGGUCGCGCAGUCGCUUGUGGUGUGGUGGGAGCAGCCUGCCUACUUGCAGGUGGAAUACAUGACGAAGGCCCUGCUGCGUGCCCACACCGCCGCCAGCGAGGUGCUUCCGAGUCGCUUCAAGUGUUCUCACCCGACCGAGUUGUACUGCGUGACGUGCGACGGGAGCGCCGUCAGCUUCGAAUUUGACCCCGUCACCGGCACAAUUGAGUGCAGCAGAGCCAUCGCCGUUUCCCCAAGUGAGGAAUGCAUGUAG